AUGUACAUCUUUCUGGCUCUUCUUUACGUCUCUUUGACAGCUCCUGGGUGCUCAAGACUAUUAACAAAGAGAGACUCCACCACAAAUAGUAUACACAGCAUUAUAACCAUAGCUAAGACAACCCUGGUCCACAUUAAGAAGGUAAGGACAAAAUUUCAAUUGGAUCCACAGAUAGAAGGCGGCACUCCUUCCAUAGAGGGACUAACUAGUAUCUGCCAUGACCUCGGACUUUUGGAAAAUGAGCUGCAUAACCCUUUGACAGAUGUCCUCAGCCAGAUUCAGGCUGACGUCUCCAGUUUGGAAGGAAGGGUUCGUUCCUUUGCCCUGACUAUGGACUGUCCCAUCCAGGCCCGAUCCCGAGGACAGGCCAUCAGCAACAAGUUCCCGGACAGCCAGCUCCAGCUGACUCUGACCAAGGUGCAGCGCUACCUGGAUGAGUUCCUUCUACAUGAGGAGAAACUCAAGGUCUGCUGAGUCCACACUUCUAUCAUAUGUAUGCAAAGUCUUUCCAUAAUCUAAAUAUACAGCUGCACACAUAGCUCAGCGAGGUCAAUGCACACAUAUUGCACUUUAUUUAUAUUUGUGAAAUAAUGCUCCUCCCAUGGUAAUUAAACUAUGUUGCAUGUAAUCCAUUUUUGUAAAAGUUUG